GUUAUCGGAGGCAAAAACGGAAACCCCACCGUUCACUGCUCUCUAAUCGGUGAUUGUGAAAAAAUGUCCACUAUUCAAACGCUGAGAGCUUUUAUUAACCAGCGCCUUACUGUGGCGGUAGAAGACAUCUUCGGGUUGCUAGAAAAAACCAUCUCAAACUACGAAGAACAGAUCGAGCGCCAGCGCAGGCUGUUGGAGGAUGUUGUCAAACCUGACAUCCACACAAACAAAGCAGAUGUCCGAAAACUGAUUGUUAAAGAGGAAGAGCGGCAUGAGUGGCGGACCAGUUUGGAGCAGGAGGACCCAAUGCCUCUGCACAUUAAAGAGGAACAGGAGGAAGUGUGGAGCAGUCAGCAGGGAGAGCAGCUUCAAGGACUGGAGGAAGAUGAUAUCACCAAGUUCCCAUUCUUUGCUGUCUCUGUGAAGAGUGAAGAUGACGAAGACAAUGUUCAGUCCUCACAGCAUCAUCAAAAACAAAGUGAGGCGAGCAGAGAGGCAGAGCCUCCAGCCUGCAGCUCUGCUCAACAGAUGGAAACAACUGACAACAGUCAUCAGGUGCUACCUCUAUAUUGUUGUGAAUCAGAGACUGAGGACAGUACUGAUGAUUGGAAGGAGACAAGAGAGCAGGGGUCAGGUUCAGACACACUGAAAAAUGAGAGCGCUUUAAAUCACAAUAAGCCCCACACCCUCAAAAGGCCAUUUGGUUGCACAGUUUGUGAUAAAAGAUUUGGAUGCAAAGGAAAUCUGCAUGCCCACAUGAGAAGCCAUACAGGAGAAAAACCUUUCACCUGCACUGUUUGUAACAAAAGCUUCAGUGCAAAGGUCAAUUUGAAGACUCAUAUGAGAAGUCAUACAGGAGAGAAACCAUUCAGCUGCUCAAUGUGCAACAAAAGUUUUAGUCAGAAGAAGACAUUGGUUAUACACUUGAGAAGUCAUACAGGGGAGAAACCAUUCAGUUGCUCAUUCUGUGGGAAACAUUUUAGUGAAAAAGGAACAUUGAAGAGACACAUCAGAGUUCAUACAGGAGAGAAACCAUACAGCUGCAGUGUUUGUGGGCGGAACUUUAGUUUGCUGUCACAUGUGAAAAGCCAUAAGUGUGCUGGUGCCAGCAGUAACAGGUGAAUGUGCCUGAAAAACCGCUGCAUUCAAAUCACAAAUGGCAUUGCGCUUAAAAAAAAAUAAAAUAAAAUAAAACCA